CCGGAAGACGUGGCGACAGUGGUGUUAGCAGCCGGUGUAGGGAAGCGUUUCCAACUGUUGUUAGAAGGAAGAUUUAGAAACGGCUAAGAGGGUAGGAGAGAGGUAGCACAUACACUGUCACCAUGAUUUCCUUAACGGACAUGCAGAAAAUUGGAAUGGGACUAACUGGUUUUGGCAUCUUUUUCCUUUUCUUCGGAAUGAUUCUAUUUUUUGAUAAGGCUCUUCUGGCUAUUGGAAAUAUUUUGUUUGUGGCGGGACUAACUUUUGUAAUAGGAUUGGAGAGAACAUUCAGAUUCUUCUUCCAGAAACACAAAUUGAAAGCUACAGGCUUCUUUUUGGGUGGUGUGGCCAUUGUUCUCAUUGGUUGGCCCUUAAUAGGAAUGUUGUUUGAAACCUAUGGGUUCUUCCUCUUAUUCAGGGGCUUCUUCCCAGUGGCUGUGGGAUUUAUUCGACGAGUACCUGUAUUGGGAGCACUGUUGAGUUUACCAGGCAUACGCUCGCUCUUAGAGAUUGGCAGCACUUAACUCUGUAACCAGCUUCAGCUUGUAGAUAAAGUUGGAGAAAGCAACAACAUGGUGUAAUGGGGACUUGACAGAGGACUGAUUUUACAGUUGCUAUAAAAUAUUUAUUAAAAACACUUGCUGAGGAAUAUUAAGCAGAAGGAUUAUUUUGUGAGUGUAAGCAAAGAGGUUAUUGAUACAACAUGCCUUUUUAUAAAGGUGAUUUUUUUCCAGCUGAGUACAUUCGGUCUUGGCUGACAAGGAAGACGGCAUCAGUGUGCAUCCAUUGCAAGAGCCGUGCUAUUUUGAGAACUGAACAGUCAUGGAAACUCCCUGUGUAAUAAUAGUUUACAUUUUUUGUACAUUUUUUCUUAAAGAAAAGGUUCAGAAGAUAUGUUACAAACACAGUCAGUGGUGUUGUGCUGCUGUGCCUGGCCUGUAAGUGGUGGAAGCAACGGUGAAAUUAUUAUUUUUUUUUUAUUUAAUAGAAGUCAAACUUCCUAUUUUUUAAACAAAAACAAAGAGUUCUGCAAUGUGUCUCAGUCAAUAAAGCCUACAAUUCCAAUCCCAAAUGUACAGUUUUUUAAGUAAAAAAAAAAUGUUUUAUGAAGAAAGCACCGUUCAUCUCUUCUUGAAUAUUAAAUGAAAUGUCAUUGUGUAUGGACAGACUUUUGUAAAUAUAUGUAUUUAAAAUUCAA